AUGGAUUGCUCUGAAGAACAGAAGGUGCAGUUCAAUAUGCAUAUGGAAUUUCUGAGAAAGUACUUUCCUGAGGAUGUUCGUGGGAAGAAGGAGAUUGAGUUUCUGGAGCUGAAGCAAGGACAUAUCAACACUCAUUGCCCUAAGCCUAAGCAAGCUUCAACUAGAGGAAAGGUGUUCGCUCUGACGGGGACUCAUACUUCCAGUGAUGACAGGUUGAUCAGAGGUAUAUGUUAUAUUAAUAAUACACCUUUGAUUGCUAUAAUUGAUACUGGUGCUAGUCAUUAUUUUAUUGCUACUUACUGUGUGAAAAGGUUGGGCCUUGUGGUGUCUUCUAUGAAUGGAGAAAUGGUUAUCGAAACUUCUACUAAGGGUUUGGUGACUACUAAUUCGGUUUGUUUAAAUUGUCCUCUAUUAAUCUUUGAUAAGGAUUUUGGCAUUGAUCUUAUUUGCUUGCCAUUGGAUAAUCUUGAUGUUAUCUUGGGGAUGAACUCGUUGGAGUUCAAUCAUGUUUAUAUCAAUUGUUAUAACAAGUCGGUGUGGUUCCUUACUCCUGGUGAGGAGGAAGAAACUGGUUUCUUGUCUGCUAGAGAGUUGAAGGAGCUUUUGGAAGAGGAAGCUCAAAUGUUUGCGUUGUUCACGACGUUAUCUGCUAAGAGUCAGGCGGUGAUUGAUGAAUUGCAGGUAAUGCGGGAUUUUCCAGAGGUGUUUCCAGAUGACAUUUCAGAUGUACUACCAGAGAGAGAGGUGGAGUUUUCUAUUGAUCUUGUCCCUGGUACCAGACCUAUUUUUAUGGCACCAUACAGGAUGUCUACAUCGGAGUUAGCAGAGUUAAAGAAACAAUUAGAAGAUCUACUAGAUAAGAGAUUUAUGAGACCAAGUGGUGGUAAUAUUGUGGAUCCAUCCAAGUUGAUGGGUUUAGAUGGUGUGCUAAUGCAAGAUGGAAAGGUUGUGGCUUAUGCUUCACAACAGUUGAGGAUUCAUAAGAGAAACUAUCCUACUCAUGAUUUGGAGUUGGUUGCGGGGGUGUUUGUGUUGAAAAUUUAG